ACCACCGACCUCGUCCCUCCCGCUCGGCCUCUCCGCUCUCCGCCCAUCGACGACGCACGGGAGACGAGGCGGCGGCCGGUGGGAGGAGCGGGGCGGCGAGAUGUGGGCCUUCUACCUGAUAGCGCUGCCGCUGACGGUGGGGAUGGUGGCGGCCACGCUGCGCUACUUCGCCGGCCCCGCCGUGCCGCUCCACGUCCUCGCCACCGUCGGCUACGCCUGGCUCUGCUCCCUCUCCUUCGUCAUCCUCGUCCCCACCGACAUCUACACGACAAUUACCGGCAACCAAAAGGGUGACGUCGGAUUCUUUUGGAGCUGGUCUUAUUGGAGCUCGUUUGUCCUAGCAUGGGCUAUCAUUCCUACCAUUAAAGGCUAUGAGGAUGCUGGAGAUUUCACAGUUAAAGAAAGGCUGAAAACCAGUAUCCGAGCGAACUUGCUCUAUUAUGAAAUUGUGGGAUCUAUCGGCUUUUUUGGAAUAGUUUUGAUUAUAAUCAUGCAUCAUGAUUGGGGUGGUGCUAUCUUGGGCUUUGCUAUGGCAUGCUCAAAUACCUUUGGACUAGUGACAGGUGCCUUUCUUCUUGGUUUUGGCUUGAGCGAAAUUCCAAAGGAUAUAUGGAGAAAUGCUGAUUGGACUCGCCGUCAAAAAAUUCUCUCUCACAUGGUUGCAAAGAUGACUGUAAAACUUGAUAAUGCUCGCCAAGAAUAUUGCAACGCAAUCACUGUUGUUCAAGCCACAUCAAAACAAAUGUCCAAGCGUGACCCACUAAGGCCUUUUAUGGAUAUUAUUGAUAAUAUGCUAGCUCAAAUGCUGAGAGAUGACCCACUGUUCAAGCUUUCUGGUGGAAACAAACUAGCAGAAAAUGAUAUGGAUUAUGAUACUGACGAGAAAACGAUGGCUGCACUUCGACGUCGACUUAGGAUAGCUCAUGAGGAGUACUGUAGGUGUAAAAGCAAAUAUACGACUUCUGUCAUGGAAGCCCUUGAACUGGAAGACACAGUGACAAAUUAUGAGCAACAUGAUGCAGACGGAUGGAAAUAUGUAUCAGAUUUAAGGGAAAGUCGAUCAGGCACACUAGGAUCCUUCCUUGACCAUAUAGAGUUCAUUUGGCGCUGUAUACUGUUAAACCGACUCCUGAAAGUUCUUUCUGUUCUCCUUGGUUGCAUCUCAGCUGCCAUAUUGUUGGCUGAGGCCACUUUGCUGCCAACUGGUGUCCAUUUGUCACUUUUUUCUGUUCUUAUAAAUGCUGCAGGAAAGCAAGAAAUUUUAGUCCAGGUUGUUGCAUUUGCUCCACUGAUGUACAUGUGCAUUUGCACAUAUUAUCCGCUCUUUAGGAUAGGGAUGAUGGUGGUCUAUUCACUGACUCCAGGACAAACUAGCUCUGUCAGCCUGCUUAUGAUCUGCUCAAUGGUUGCAAGAUACGCACCUGCUAUUUCUUACAACUUUCUGAACCUCGUUCAUCUUGGUGGUGAUGUUAGAACUACUUUUGAGAAGAGGAUGGGGAGCAUUGAUGAUGCAGUUCCUUUCUUUGGGAGAAACUUCAACAGAAUAUAUCCACUCAUUAUGGUUGUUUAUACUAUACUGGUCGCGGGCAAUUUCUUCGGCUAUCUGUUCGAAAUAUUUGGAAGCUGGAAAAGGUUCAAAUUCUGGACCGAGGAAGAAGAGGAUACAAACGGAUUUGAUCCAUCUGGAGUGAUGAUUCUGCAGAAAGAAAGAUCUUGGAUCGAGCAAGCGCGCAAACUCGGCGAGCAGGUCACUCCAUUGGCAAGAAACUUCAGUUCCGUUAGCGAAGACGUUGAAUCUGGAACCAUGCUACAGGGUGUAGAAAAGUUGGUGGUGAUAAAAGCAGCUCCACAUUCUCCCAAAAGGGAAGGAGGAGCCCAGUCAAAAUAUGGUGUCAACGCUGACCACAAAUACUCCUCCAUCACAGAACAGCCCAGCAGUCAAAAGUCAGUUAAACAAGUGAAAGAGGAAACCCGUUCCACUUCCACCUCUGUUCUGCUCGAAGCAGGGGACUCUGAAAACCCAUCUCCUCCUGUUAGUGUGGUGCCAGAUUUAUCAGCUGGAACCGCGUCGAGAUGGGCGUCGAUGAAGGCGGGGUUUCGGAGCUUCAAAUCGAGCAUGAGUGCCAAGAGGCUGCUUCCUUCGAGCCUGUCGCGCACGAGCUCGUCGACGUCGGACUCGCUGGACGAGAUCUUCCGGGGGUUGAAACGUCACUCGAGCAACCCACGGGCGGAUGUGGAGUACCUUGACGAGGAUGACAGCGCCCUCGAAACGGAUCGAGCGAUUCGAUGAUCGAUGAGGUGGUUUGACAUGUCCAAAGUUUUUCCUUUUUUUUGGAACUGUGACAUGUCCAAAGUUAGAGUAUGAAAGGGAGGUACAGAAUGUAUAGUCCCUCGGAAAUGGUAUAGAAGGUAUAGAAAAACCUUUGUACGGUAUAGGAUCCCCGAAGAGAAAACGAAGGGGUAGAAUGUGUACAUAGGUCACAAAUUCGCGUCAAAUGGCGAAGGAUGUAAACAUCAAAUUGAAACCAGUUCUGUGAUGGUCCCAAAAUGGCGAAGGCUCGUCCCUGGUGUUCAAGAAAACAGGUCAGUUGCAAACACUUUUGAUGUUUCGGAGCUCUACUAGGUGCUCAUCUUUUAUUUCUUUCUUUUUUUGCGAAAAGGUGUUCAUCGUUUUUGCUUCCUAUUUGCCUGCCUCUGAAGCAAAACCAACACGCUUAUUCCAGCUGUACAAUGUUCGGGUCAAAAAAACUGUACAAUGUUGACAGGCUCAGCUGUCAGAUGCAACCUACGGAGCUAGUGAAUCUCGCCAGCACGACAAGGAAACAUCCACCAGUUCGAUGGCGACGGGGAA